GGCUGCAGAACCAGCCCUGUGCCGAGCCGAGCCGAGCCGAGCCCAGCCCGCGGCGCGAUGCCCGGGCGCAGCCUGAUCCGGGCCCUGCCGGCCGGCCGCGGGGCGGAGCGAGCACCGGGCGGAGCGCGGCGCGCAGGUUUUUGACUUGGAGACUUCUGCGCGACACGCUGCUCUGACCCUCCCUGUCCUUCUGCCAUCCCUGCUGCGGGCGGGGCUGUCUGUCUGAGAUGGCGGGCCGGCUGCCUCGCUCUGCGGACCUAACCCGCUUCUGCCAGAAACUCAACCGGGUGAAAACUCUGGAGGAUGACAUGAUGGAGACGACCUUCAACAGAUGCCUCUCCACCGUUGACCUGACGCUGCUGGGCAUAGGGGGAAUGGUUGGCUCUGGCCUGUACGUCCUCACGGGCACAGUAGCCAAGGAGAUCGCUGGCCCUGCUGUCGUUGUCUCUUUCAUCAUUGCUGGCUUUGCCUCUCUGCUGGCAGCUCUCUGUUAUGCCGAGUUCGGUGCCCGGGUGCCUAAGACAGGCUCCGCGUACAUGUUCACCUACGUCUCCAUGGGCGAGAUCUGGGCCUUCCUGAUUGGCUGGAAUGUGCUCCUGGAGUACAUGAUCGGGGGCGCUGCGGUGGCAAGGGCAUGGAGUGCCUAUCUGGAUUCCAUAUUUAGUCAUAAAAUAAAAAAUUUCACCGAGACCCACGUUGGCACAUGGCAGGUACCGUUCCUGGCACAUUACCCAGACUUCCUGGCAGCAGGUGUCCUGCUGAUAGCCACCGCAUUCAUCUCCUUUGGGGCCAAAGUAUCUUCCUGGCUUAACCACGUGUUCUCGGCCAUCAGCUUGGGUGUGAUCCUCUUCAUCCUCAUUAUGGGAUUCAUUCUCGCAGAACCCAAGAACUGGAGUGCCCAGGAAGGCGGCUUUGCUCCGUAUGGACUGUCGGGCAUCAUGGCAGGCACGGCCACCUGCUUCUAUGCCUUUGUAGGCUUUGACGUCAUAGCAGCCUCCAGUGAAGAAGCCCGAAACCCCCAGAAGGCUGUUCCCAGAGCAAUAGCCAUCUCCUUGGGCCUGGCCGCGGGGGCCUAUAUACUGGUGUCCAUGGUGCUGACGCUGAUGGUGCCCUGGCACACUCUGGAUCCCGACUCUGCCUUGGCAGAUGCGUUUUACAGAAGAGGUUACUCGUGGGCAGGGUUUAUAGUAGCUGCUGGUUCCAUUUGUGCGAUGAACACGGUUCUGCUGAGCAACCUCUUCUCCCUCCCCAGAAUUGUUUACGCCAUGGCGGAGGAUGGGCUUUUUUUCCGGGUGUUCUCCAGAGUGCACCCCCGCACGCAGGUGCCCGUGAUCGGGAUUGUGGUGUUUGGGGUGCUCAUGGCUCUGAUGGCCCUCGUCUUCGACCUGGAGGCCCUGGUGCAGUUCCUGUCCAUUGGCACUCUGCAAGCUUACACCUUCGUUGCAGCCAGCAUCAUUGUGCUGCGCUUUCAGCAGGAGAAGUCGGCCGCUCCCCCGCAGCCUGCCGGGAGCCAGCCCAGUCCUGGGCCCAACGAGGGGGCUGGCCCCAGCGAGCUAAAGGAAUACGAAUCCUUCUCGGACAAGCUGCAGCUGGUGGGCACAGACAAAGCCAAAGUGCACCGGGAGCCAGGGCAGCUGAAGGCAGCGUUCGAGCCCUACCUGGAGUUCCUCAGCGACUUCUACCCUGGGGAGGUGGUCACCAUUGCCGUGGUUACCUUGAUGGUGUCUGCCAUAUGCCUGUGCUCCAUCUUGGUAUUUGGCAACACCCAUCUUCACCUGCCCACCUGGAGCUACUCCCUGCUGCUGCUGCUCUUCAGCCUGGGAUUUCUGCUCAGCUUGCUUCUCAUUUGGGUCCAUGAGCAACAGGAGAGCACCAAGACCUUUCAGAUACCACUUGUGCCGCUCACUCCUGCGCUGAGUAUUCUCCUGAACGUCUAUCUCAUGCUAAAGCUGAGCUACAUGACGUGGCUUCGAUUCUCCGUCUGGCUGAUCCUAGGCCUCCUGGUGUACUUCGGUUACGGCAUCUGGCACAGCAAAGAGAACCUGCGUGAGCCCACGUCCCGCAAUGUGAGCGCCCGCUACGUGGUGUUCCCUAGCAGCAGCCUGGAGGAGACGGUGCAGGCGGUUCAACCCAACCCCCAGCCCUUGACGGAGCUGCCCGACAUGGUGACUGAGGAAGCCAAGCGAUGAUGCGGCAAUGGCGUAGCAGCCUCCCUGCGUGAAAAAGGACACCCCCCCCCCCCAUCCCCACUUUCCUCUGCCGAAACAGCUGCCAGGGCUGGGUCUUCCCUGAGCAAACUCUGGGCUCUGGAGACAGGACGGUGAUACACACGCUUCUCCAUCCGCACUCACAGCAAAAGCACUAGGGAGGUGAUGGCUGCCUCCUUUCCCAUACCCUGGCACACAGGGAUCUGGCUUUUAUCCCUACCUCUAGCUCGUAGUAACGUGUAAGCCGUGUCUUCCCCAACUGCUCCACCCGAAUCCCCUGCCAAACCCAGCACAACCCUCAUAGCAACAGAGGAAAAAGAACGAGGAGUACCUGUGGCACCCUAGAGACUAACAAAUUUAUUUGAGCAUAAGCUUUUGUGGGCUAAAACUCACUUUGUCAGAUGCAUGCAGUGAAAAAUACAGUAAGAAGAUAAAUAUACACACACAGAGAACAUGAAAAAAUGGGUGUUUCCAUACCAACUAUAAUGAGACUAAUCAAUUAAGAUGGGCUAUUAUCAGCAGGAGAAAAAAAAAUUUUGUAGUGAUAAUCAGGAUGGCCCAUUUCCAACAGUUGAGAAGAAGGUGUGAGUAACAGUAGGGGAAAAAAUUAGCAUGGGGAAAUAGGUUUUACUUUGUGUAAUGACCUAUCCACUCCCAGUCUUUAUUCAGGCCUAAUUUAAUGGUGUCCAGUUUGCAAAUUAAUUCCAAUUCAGCAGUUUCUUGUUGGAGUCUGUUUUUGAAACUUUUUUGUUGAAGAAUUGCCACUUUUAGGUCUGUAAUUGAGUGAUCAGAGAGGUUGAAAUGUUCUCCCACUGGCUUUUGAAUGUUGUAAUUCUUGACGUCUGAUUUGUGUCCAUUUAUUCUUUUGCGUAGAGACUGUCUGGUUUGGCCACUGUACAUGGCAGAGGGGCAUUGCUGGCACACGAUGGCAUAUAUCACAUUGGUAGAUGUGCAGGUGAAUGAGCCCCUGAUGGUGUGGCUGAUGUGAUUAGGUUCUAUGAUGGUGUCACUUGAAUAGAUAUGUGGACAGAGUUGGCAACGGGCUUUGUUGCAAGGAUACGUUCCUGGGUUAGUGUUUUUGUUGUGUGGUGUGUGGUUGCUGGUGAGUAUUUGCUUCAGGCUAGGGGACUGUCUGUAAGCAAGGACUGGCCUGUCUCCCAAGGUCUGUGAGAGUGAGGGAUCAUCCUUCAGGAUAGGUUGUAGAUCCUUGAUGAUGCGCUGGAGAGGUUUCAGUUGGGGGCUGAAGGUGACAGCUAGUGGCGUUCUGUUAUUUUCUUUGUUGGGUCUGUCCUGAAGUAGGUGACUUCCUGGGUAUUCUUCUGGCUCUGUCAAUCUGUUUCUUCACUUCAGCAGGUGGGUAUUGUAGUUUUAAGAACACUUGAUAGAGAUCUUGUAGGUGUUUGUUUCUGUCUGAAGGAUUGGAGCAAAUGCGGUUGUAUCUUAAGGCUUGGCUGUAGACAAUGGAUCGUGUGAUGUGGUCUGGAUGAAAGAUGGAGGCAUGUAGGUAAGUAUAGCGGUCAGUAGGUGUUAGCUCACAAAAGCUUAUGCCCAAAUAAAUUUGUUAGUCUCUAAGGUGCCACAAGUACUCCUGUUCUUUUUGCUGAUACUGACUAACAUGGCUACCCCUCUGAAACAUAGCAACAGAGGGGUCACGUUUCUUUUCUACAGCUCCACUGCUCUGUGCCCUGCCUGUCCUGAAAUGUUAGGGGGCAGCAGAGCCAAUGUGGCCAUUCCCACCAGAGCCCACUGUCUUUUCCCAUGGCCCAGGGUGUAUGAUGAAGGGUCUUUGGCAAACAGGUGAGAGGUGCCACCCAGGUCGUGCAGGGCUGGGAGUCAGGACUUUAUCCUGGCUCUCACAUGGACUCCUGGCCUCGGCUGAGUCCCUUCUCCCUAAACCUCAUCCCCGUCAGUAACAUGAGGGUGAUGCUUAAUUAGAUGAUGUGUGUAAAGCACUUGGAAUGUGCAAAGCACUGUAAGUGCCCAGUGUCAAGGCAUUUCUACGCUAGCUUUCCUGGCGUUCUUGGCACAGACCAUCGGGUGCUGAUCAGGCGCCUGCUGGCAUUCCCUGCCCUGGCCCUGGUCAGCAUGAAGCUGCAUGUUCAAGAACCCAGUUCAGUGGGGUCACCCCCAGGGCACAUUCGUGUGGUUCCAUUAUUCUAAAAGGCACAGAAAUGAGUGUGGGGCUGGGGGGCGGCCCAGGCCUUUGUACUGAGUGGGGCUGGCAAAGGUGAGGUGCUCGGGUUGUAAAUCCAUGGCCGCAGAGGGAGUAGAAAUUCCCCCCGCCCUUCGUUAGCUAUUCCCAUGCGAAUGGUUUCUAGACAAUCAAUCACUUUCCUAGUGCAUUACCCUGGCUGGGCCGCCGCUCACUCCUCCCAAGCGGCUGGGCUGCCUGACCACCAGCCUGACCCUCCUGUCCCCCCAGCCUCCCAGGCGUGUCAGUUUGCAGCGCUCAGCCCUGUACGACACACAGGCCAGCAAGGCCCGGCCCGGCCCGGCAGCUAGCGCACUCUGACAGUGAGAGGCAGGACCGGUGCAAGCUGUGCGGAACUAGGCCCCCUCUAUGUGACUGCUGCCUGUUCAAACCUACAGCAGCCCUCCUGCGGCUGCCUCUCAAUCCCAUCCCACCGCUGAGACCGGGCCCCGCCAGGGGCUGCUUGGGGCUCAGGCUCUUGUGCCCCUAGCCCUUCGCAGUUUCCUUGUGGCCCUACAGGCUGCUCUCAUGGCACACCGGGAUGGGGGCAGGCCCUCGUGUCCCCGACGCCCUGGCAGGCUCUAGCCUCUAGGCUGUCCCUGCUCUGUUGCCAGCUUUCCUGGAAAUUGGGCUGCGGCCUCCCCUCGCAAAGCCAGCUUUUGGGCUCCCCUCUGCCUGGUGUCAGGGUGAGGCCUUGCCCUGCAGAUCAGUUCAUCUCUGAGGCACCUUUGCCCAUUUUCUCCUCUUGGCUGCUGUGCUGUGAGCUACUGCGCCCAGCUCUGACGUUAGGCCAGGGCCCCGGGGGAGCGUGAAAGUGGCUGUUGUUUACUGUACAUCUCCCCCACCCUCCGCAGCUGCAUACCGGGAGUGGGCCUGUCAGCUGUCCCCCGCCCUCCAGGCUGUGCUGUGGCCCCCGUGAGGUGCAGGUAGGCCUUGGGCCAGGUGUGAGUACGGCAUUGGUACUGGGUGAGCUGCCGGCUCAGGCCUAGUUACUGGUAUUUAUUAGGAGGAAACGUGCAGCGACAACACGAGCACCACGGAAAGCACAAUGGCCAGGCCCUGCAGCAAAGCCCCCCCCUCCCCAGCCUUGUGGAGCACUGGGAGGGGUUUGUAUAAGGCAGGGACGCUGGGCUUACGGUCUGACAGCCUGGCUGUUUGCCCGCUGCAGCUGAGGGCUGCGCCUGGAGCCCACCGGAGGCAGCUGUGCAGGUUGGGCAGGAGAUUGUGAAUUGGCUGCGACUGCCUGAGGUGAUGUAUUUAGCACACGUUGUUCUGGGUCCUGGCUGCUCUGUGCUCUGUUGGUGCCGUCUUGCCCUGCACUGGCACUUGUGUUGUGUGAAAUGUACCACCCGGGGGCUGCUAUUGCCAAUGGAGUUGUGUGUCCCUGCUGUGCUGUGCUCGGUGCCGCUGUGUAACAGCUUGUAAUAAAGGUGCUGACACUAGCCCUA